UGGUUCUUUGAGAUGGACCUUGGACCUUAUUCUGGGCAGCCCACGUUCCAGAGCACGCUGUUUGUAGAGAGGAGCAAAAGCCAAUAGAUUUGAAAUUGCCUAUCCACAUAAUAAAUUUCAAGCCUAACACUGGAAAAGAUGUCAGAAGAUUCAGAAAAGGAGGACUAUUCAGACAGAACAGUCAGUGAUGAAGAUGAAUUAGAUGAAGAAACAUUUAUGAAAUUUGUAAGUGAAGAUAUUCGUCAGUGUACACUAUUAACAGCCAAUUCUUUUGGUGACCCAUUCUUCCCUCGGACCACACAAAUACUCUUGGAAUAUCAGCUGGGGAGAUGGGUGCCACGCCUUCGUGAACCACGGGAUUUAUAUGGUGUCUCUUCUUCUGGGCCCCUAAGCCCAACACGGUGGCCUUACCACUGUGAGGUCAUUGAUGAAAAAGUCCAGCAUAUUGAUUGGACUCCUUUUUAUCCUGAGCCAGUAUAUAUCCCAACAGGUCUAGAAAUAGAACCCCUUUAUUCAAGCUCCAAGGAAGACACUGUGGUUUAUCUGGCUGAAGAUGCUUACAAAGAGCCCUGUUUUGUGUAUUCCCGAGUUGGGGGCAAUCGAACACCCUUGAAGCCACCUGUUGACACCUGUGACAAUACUUUGAUGUUCGAAGCAAGGUUUGAGAGUGGUAAUCUACAGAAGGUAGUCAAAGUGGCAGAAUACGAGUACCAGUUGACUGUGCGCCCUGACCUCUUCACCAACAAGCACACCCAGUGGUAUUAUUUCCAAGUCUCUAACACCCAAGCAGAAACUGUCUACAGAUUCACCAUUGUCAACUUCACCAAGCCCGCUAGCCUUUACAAUCGGGGUAUGCGCCCACUCUUCUAUUCUGAAAAGGAGGCCAAGGCUCACAACGUUGGCUGGCAGAGAAUAGGAGACCAGAUCAGGUACUACAAGAACAACCUGGGCCAGGAAGGCCGCCACUUCUUCUCCCUCACGUGGACAUUCCAGUUUCCACACAACAAGGACACCUGCUACUUUGCGCACUGCUACCCUUACACUUACACCAACCUGCAAGAAUACCUUUCUGGCAUCAAUAAUGACCCAGUCCGGUCCAAGUUCUGCAAAACCCGCGUCCUGUGCCACACGCUCGCCAGGAACAUGGUGUACGUGUUGACCAUCACCACGCCCCUGAAGAACUCGGACUCCAGGAAGAGGAAGGCCGUGAUUCUGACCGCAAGGGUCCAUCCGGGUGAGACCAACAGCUCCUGGAUCAUGAAAGGCUUCCUAGACUAUAUUUUAGGAGACUCAAGUGACGCCCAGUUGCUUCGGGACACUUUCAUCUUCAAGGUGGUACCCAUGCUGAAUCCAGAUGGUGUCAUUGUGGGAAACUACCGGUGCUCCUUAGCUGGGCGCGACCUCAACCGCAAUUACACCUCCCUCCUGAAGGACUCUUUUCCUUCUGUUUGGUACACACGGAACAUGAUCCACAGGUUGAUGGAGAAGCGAGAGGUUAUUUUAUAUUGUGAUCUACAUGGACAUAGUAGGAAAGAGAACAUCUUCAUGUAUGGCUGUGAUGGUAGUGACAGAACUAAAGCAUUAUACUUACAGCAACGAAUCUUCCCAUUUAUGCUGAGUAAAAAUUGUCCAGAUAAAUUUUCAUUCCCAGCUUGCAAGUUCAAUAUUCAGAAGAGCAAGGAAGGAACAGGAAGGGUGGUAAUGUGGAAAAUGGGAAUCAGGAACAGCUUUACCAUGGAGGCCACCUUUUGUGGAUCUACUUUGGGUAAUAAACGAGGCACUCAUUUCAACACAAAAGACUUGGAGUCAAUGGGCUACCAUUUUUGUGAUUCUCUCUUGGACUAUUGUGAUCCCGAUCGGAGCAAGUAUUAUCAGUGCCUGAAAGAAUUAGAAGAAAUGGAAAAACGUAUGAGUUUGGAAAAAGUCUGUGAUGAUUCAGAUUCUUCUCUAAUAGAAAUUACAUUGGAUCUAGAGUCGAGUAGCCGAGGCUCUGACAGUUCGGAAUCCAAUGACUCUCAGACAUAUCUUCUGAAGGUAACCUCUCAGAUAAAAACCAAGAAAAAAUGUCUGAAAACAAAGAAGGAAAGGAAUUCUACCAUGGCAAGCUACCAGAGUGCCAGAGAAGAGGUUUAUGGCAGAGAACAUGUACUGCAAAAACACAAAGAAUCAAAUUCUGAUGUGAAAGUGAAAAUACCUGGACAAGCUCCUUCUUGGCUUCUAAAAAAAUAUUUAAGCUCCCAAAAUAUGAUUCAGAGUUUUAGCAGAGACAAUCGAAGAUAUUUUCUAGAAACCUGUGAGAGGCCAAUCCAGGAAAUAAUUCAGCCCCUGGGAAAUCGUUUAUAUGAAAACUGUUUCAGAGUGACAUCCUUGAAGUUUCCUAGGAGCCAACAAACAUCAAGUUGGAUUGAGAAGACAAGGAUACGAACAGAUCUUCAUCACAACUUAAAAAGCAAAGGUAAAGAAUGUACACCUGUCCAAAGUAAGAAGAGUGGCAUAAACUGGACAGAUGAUGAAAAAAGAAUCUACAGGGAUAAAAGAAUAGCUCAAACUCAAGAAAUAUUGCAUUAUUUGCUCCCUCUCAUGGAAACCCAAAAACCCAUGGAAAACACUCAGAUAAAACAGUUAUUCAAUUCAAGAAGCAACUUGCAAAUCCAACAUCAAUCAAAGCCAGCUACUUGCAUAAAUAUAAAGAAAUACAACUCAUCUUGGACGCCACCCAGAAACCCUCCUUUUGUAACCCAAAGGAAUCUUAGGACAGAUGCCUCAGAAUGGUUCCAGUCUGUGCCCCAAAGGUCACUUGAAAGUUUGACACCUCUCAAAGGCACCAAGAAGAGGAAAAAACAUGUUCUCUGGGCCACAAAGACUGAAGACAUGAACCUUCUAAACAGCAAAUGGGAGACUGCUCCCUCAAGCUUUGAAGUGGUUGCAAAUAUAAAAGAUAAGAGUCUUCAAGAUGAAGAAUCCAAAUUGCAGAGCUCUAAGCAGAUGGUUCCUCAUCUCCCCAAAACCAAGGAGGAGCAACCACAUCAGAAUGACAGACAACUCACCUUCCACCUGAGGUUCCAAAGAGACAAUUAAUCUCGCUGUUUUCUUGCUCUGAAAACUGGAUGAAAGAUGACAUUGCUGACAUAGUAAAAAGAAAACAAGACAAGCCUUCCUUCACUAUACCUCCCUCUUUACAGGCAUAUGCAGAUGCUAAACUACAAAUUCAAGAUAUCCCAUAUUAUUUAAUGGAAACAUCUACCAGAUAUUUAAAAAAAUCUAGAGAAAAUAUAGAAAAUUUAAAAACUCUAAAAAUAUUUAUAUUUAAUUUUUGUCAGCAUGAAAAAACAAAAUUCUGAACUUUUGAUUUCUUCCAGAAUUACUUAUGCAUACAGCACCAAAUAACUAAGAAUUCAAGGGAGAAAUGACAUGUGCUAUCACUAAUUUUAACCUCCCUAUUAGGUACUUUAAUGAGCCAGUCAACAUCAUUUCUUGAAUUUAUUUCUGUUAUGUGAUUGGUAUGCUUGGAAUCACUGAUGAUAUAAAAGACAUUUCUCCCCACCAGAAGAAUAUCAUAUAAUUGUUCACAUAAGACAUACAUGACUUAAAAUGAUUACAGAUAAGUGCAUAUAUUGUAUGUUGCUAUGUCAUAAAGAAAAUACCAGGUAUUACAAGGUGAUAGAGUGGCACAAAAUGGCACUGAAAUGUAUAUAUUAUAGUUUAAUAGUCAUUUUACUUAUCAAAGUUAAGCAAAGAUGUAAAAUAUUAAAAGCACAAUUUUUCUUAAAACUGAUGAGUACAUCCAUUCUAGAGCUGUACAUCUCUAGCUAUUUAUUCCUGUGGACACUGUGGAACAAAUUCAGCCCCUCACAUUCUGUCAUUCAUAAGGCAGCAAGCACCGGGAGAGAUUCCUUUAAGACAAUGCAGAGAAACAGAUCAAGCAGGUAAGUCAGGAUGGAUGUAGCAAAUGAGAAAAGAGUCGAUUAGUCCUGGGUCAACAAUGGCAUCCCGUAUAGGAUGAGACUAAGUGGAAUGAAAGUUAAAUAAAUUAGGUACAUGAAAGGUGAAGGCCACAAGCCUAAUUAGGAUUGAGUGGAACCAGGAAGAUCCAAAGUUGGUGAUCUGUUCUCAACAAUAUUUCCAGUAGCUGAAGAGUCUGUUAUAAUAUUUAAAGUAAAUAUUGUGUUUUAAAAGAGUCUUGACCAUAGAUUUCUUGAGUUUUCUUCAACAUAUGAUCCAGUUAUCUUCUGGAUAAAAUAGAUUGUGCUUUGGAGGUAAGUAUUCUGUCCCCCAGGGGUCCCUACUUUUCA